GAAAAGUCACUCCUCCGAAAGUGGAACGCGAGACAGAUACGUGCAAAAUUACACGAGUGUCUGGAAGUGUGUCCGUCUUAAAGAGGCGCGGGACGUGUGGACAGGGUCAUUUGGGCUUUAAAGCCGAAGGCAUGUCUUCGUUUGUCUUGUACACCUUAAGCAGGGCACUGCGGUCCGCGGCGCGGCUGGGCACGGCGGGUAAAGCGGACGUAGCCUCGGUUCCGUGGAGGUCCAGGGCUGUGGGCAGCAGACACUUGUCAUAUGGGAGGACAGUGAAUGGACCCAGGGUGGUCUGGGUGGCCGGGGGAGCCGCGGCGGUGGCUGGAGUCGCAGCGGCCGCGUUCAGUCACUUUCAGCGGGCUGAGAUGGCGACCAGGACGGGGGUCGUGAAGGAGGACGAGAAGGGCGACGUUGCCGAGCGGUGCAAGGCGUUCAUGUCUCCGCCGGUCACCUCCGUGGAGCAGCUGGAGAAGAAGAAAGGAGAGAUGAGCUCCCGGAUGGAGAUGCUGAUCAUGCAGACGCAGGCUGAGUUCUGCCGGGCGCUGGAGGAAGUGGACGGUGGGAAGUUCAGGGUGGACCGCUGGAGCCGAGAGGAAGGUGGUGGGGGGAUCAGCUGCGUGAUGCAGGAUGGUAAGGUGUUUGAGAAGGCCGGAGUGAACGUGUCUGUCGUGUCCGGCUACCUGACAGAGGAAGCAGCCAAGCAGAUGCGCAGCCGUGGAAAAGUGCUGAAAGGGAAAGAUGGGAAGCUGCCGUUCAUCGCGAUGGGCGUCAGCUCAGUCAUCCACCCCAAAAACCCCCACAUUCCCACAGUGCACUUCAACUACAGAUACUUUGAGAUUGAGGAGGAGGACGGCUCUAAGCAGUGGUGGUUUGGUGGGGGCACUGACCUCACUCCAGUUUACAUUGACAAGGAGGACGCGGCCCUUUUCCACAGCGUCCUGCGGGAGGCGUGUGAUAAACACCACCCGAAAUACUAUCCUGACUUUAAGAAGUGGUGUGACCGUUACUUCUACGUCCGUCAUCGUGGUGAGACGCGGGGCAUCGGCGGAAUUUUCUUUGAUGACCUGGACUCUCCAAAUCAAGAGGAGGUGUUUAGCUUUGUGAAGAGCUGUGCAAAAACUGUGGUGCCCUGCUACCUGCCCAUCGUCCGAAAACACCUCAACGACUCCUUCACCCAGAAGGAGAAAGACUGGCAGCAAGUCAGACGCGGCAGAUAUGUGGAGUUUAACCUGGUAUACGACCGUGGGGUGAAGUUCGGCCUCGCUACUCCAGGAUCCAGAAUAGAGAGCAUCCUCAUGUCUCUACCACUCACAGCAAGGUGGGAGUACAUGCACGAGCCACGCAAAGGCACCAAGGAAGCGGAGAUGCUGGACGUUUUACGCAACCCUAAAGAGUGGAUCUGAGAGAACAUGCAGCCAGAGACACUGGCUUCAUCCUGCUGCUGUGUAGUGCCAGUAAAGGGGAUUUAUAAGGUGGAAAAGCUCAGAUAGCCCACUGGAACCGUCCGUGCCCCCCCCCUUAAUGAUUUAAUUAUUUUCUACUGAAUUCUGAAUCUGCUGUGAAAAAUCACGAUUCUUGCUUGUUUAAACGGACCACUGCUGCUUCUCUGCUGGCCUCUGUGGGGUGGCCGCUCUCUCCGGGGCUGCUGUCGGAGUUGCUGUGUUGUUUUUCUCUCAGGACGCGAGCGUUACCUGGAGACCAGCGAGUUUCUGCCUUGUCUAGGUUUCCAUGCGCGACUGAGGACGUGCUUGCAGUCUGCUGCCUUACUAACUCGGCCUGAUCGCGUGUGUUUAUGGCCUUCUUGCUUUUUUUUGUAAGUGCUCUCUCUCGCUUCUUUAAAGGGCCCCCAUAUCAUGGAAAACAAAUUUUUUUUUUUUAAUAAAAAGUUUGACUCUAGAUUUAGUUUGUAAACACUGUUCCAAAAAGCAUCCAGUCCACAUUCGGCAGCUAAGCUGCGAAAACAGUCCGUUUUUGAAUUCACUGCUUUUAUGAUGUCACAAAAACAUACAUAAUACAUGAGCUGUUACUACGAUUGUUGUGUUGAUGUUGUGUUGUGAUCUUGAGCUAACAACUUUUAUGUUGGGAUCACAAGACAGUUGUCUUAAGAUUGUUAGAUAACACCUUUCAUCUUGAGAUCACAAGCUAAGUCAUGAUCUCAGAAAAACACAUUUUAUCUUGAGAUCACGCAUCAUGAUAACCAAGACCGCGCAAGAUGACUAAGUUGUGAUCUCAAAAGAAGAACUUUUAAAGACCACAAUGUAAUUCAUUCAUGAUCUCGGGAUAAAAAGUUAUUCUUCUUUUGAGAUCACGAGUCGUGAUCUUAGGAAAACAACUUUAUCUUGCGGUCACAAGAUAAGUCAUGAUCUCUAGAUAACUGCAUUUAUUCAUAGACAUUUACAUGUGGGUCUUAAAGGCACAGGGACAAAAACAGUCUAAAGCGAACUAGACGAACACCAUCGAACAAGCUGUUCUAGUGACUGAUAAAGAACCCCCGGCCGCUGAUUUGUGGAGUGGUCCAAUCACAGUAAGCUGGACGUCUCCAAACAAAGGAAGCGGUGAUGAGGAUAAGCAUCACAUCGAACAAACUCAUUUUGGACAUCGUUUCUCUGUGAUACAUUUUAUAUCGAAGCUGCCGCCAUGAAGAAUGAAGGUUGGAAAAUGGUUAUAUACAAUUUGAUCAACUUUUCUUGGUAAAUAAAACCUCACGAAUGCCAUAAGUGGACCUGAGAGGAAGAGAAAAGAAAGGAAAAGGGCCCUUUCAGCCUUUUACUCCGAGCUUUGAGUGAGAUUGCUGCUUGUUGCUUCCCUGCCUGUGUUUUGGUUUGUCCUCUUCAGCUUCUUUCACUUCUGUUUAUCUGCUGUACUUCCAGCUGUUUUCCUUCAAACAAAGCCACUAUAUAAACACAUGAAUUGCCUGUAUAGCUUAAUCUGAAUUUUGUAUUGACAAAGACAUUAAAGUAUCUUUUGUAACACUAUA